AUGAAGAAGGAACAGCCGGCUGCUAAUAAGCUCAGAGUCGGCGCCUGGCUUGCGCAAGUCGUUGCCACGGUUUUCGUUGCCACGGUGCUUUACCAGUGCGGCCGGCGAGCGGGAGCGGCAAAUGCUAUAGCCGCGGCAGCGGCGCCGCCACACCUCGCUGGCGGCGUGGCGGGCGCCGGCGCUGGCGCGUUCCCUUCUGGUCAGGUGGACGUGUUCUUCGAUAUUGCAGCCUACUUGAAUCAAACAGGACGUGUAUCAAAGUGGGCGCCACAGCGCCGGCCCGGCUUCAAGGGCAGCACCAGCCCCAAGCAGGCACUGUAUGACAAAAUGUGGACAGGGAAGACCGCAUACAGGCGCAACCAGUGCUGGGGCUGCAGAUUUGCAUCAGACAUUGUGUCCAAGCUGCAGUUCGAUACCGUGCUGGAUGCGGGCACAGGCAAUGGCCAGAUGGUACGGUGGAUGCGCAUGCAUGGCAAGGCUGCCUUUGGCAUCGAGCUGUCGCCGGCGGUGCUGCAGCGGGAUGCUCCUGAUUUGCUGAAGGCCGGGCUUGCAGAACAGGGGAGCCUGACAGACUUGCCCUACCUGGACAAACAGUUCGACCUGGUGGUGAGCAAUGACGUCCUGGAGCACAUUCUUCCUGAGCAGGCAGAUGCGGUGGUCAAGGAGCUGGUGCGUGUGGCCAAGCGCCACAUCAUCGUCACCAUCUCGCUCAAGUCGCAUGGCAAUGAGGAGCUGCACACGCUGCUGCGGCCGCGGCACUGGUGGGAGUUCAAAUUUCAGCAGUAUGGCGCACGCCCCAACCGUGCCAUGGUGUGGGCGCUGCAGCAGAAGGAGAUUAGGUUUUCACGGGAGCAGGGCGAGCUCAGCACAUGCCGCAUGGAAGGCUCUGACAAGCAAGGCGGCAAGUUUGAGGUCUGCUUGAUCAAGAUGCCAUGGCUGGUUGGCAUCCCAGGCAUGGAGGUCCGACAGAUCCGCACCAUCACUACCAGCAAUGCCGAGGUGGAGCCAUGGUUUUUUGCGUUCACGGUGGGAGGAGAUGGAGAUGGCCAGCCUCACACACAAUGA